AUGAAGAGCUGGGCAGUGCGACAACUAGCUUCGGCAUUGUCUGACUACGUCGACGGCAUUUCGCCAGAGACAGUGCAAGCUAGUCUCGGCCGGGAUAUCGGCAUUCUGGAGCUAAGCGGAGCAAGGGUGAGUGCACAGGCCGUCGAGAAGUAUGGGCUUGAGCUGCUCAAUAGCGAGCUAAGUGUGGAUGCCAGAGUACCGUGGCGUCACUUGAGCUCGCAACCCACCACGCUUUCUGUGCGUUCUGUGCGCUUGGAGCUUCGCUUGCGUUCCAAGCAGGUGCCAAUGCAUGGACAGCCUCAAGAGAUCAAAGAGGCAGAGGUCAAGAAGUGCGAGGAGCAGAUGCUGACUGUCCAGGGCAGCUCCUCGGGCUUUAUGCUUGGUCGAGUUGCGCGCGUCUCGCAUGCGAUUUUGCGACAACUGCGGGUGACCUUGGGCAAGCUGGAGGCACACGUCCAUCACGAACUUCCUGAAAAGGCUCUUCUGACACUCUUGUUGGGUGAGUCGCGACUGGAAAGCGUCGGCAACGACUGGACAAGCCUGCCGCUUUUGGAGGAGCCUGACCUGCGCAAGGUGCUGAGCUUUUCCGGCUUCGAAGUGCGUCUGGGAGGUCGGGAACUCUUUGGCCCGCUUUCCCUACAAGCGAAGCUGCUGCACUCCCCAGAGCAGGCCCUUGCAAAGCUUUGGCUGGAGCUUCCGCAGGAGGCAGAUGCAGCUUUUCGCAUAUCCGCCGAGAUGCUGACAGAGCUGAGAAGCUGGUUCGACUGGGCUGUGCGGCAGUAUCUAACCACCUAUUGCAGCGACGGAAGAGAAUUGUCAGAGGCUGCAGGCCAAAAAUAUGCAUUUCUUUACUCGCAGAAAAUAGCUGGUGGUGCAUACGAUGAGAUCCUUCUUGCCAAGCUGGAAGAGGCUGCCAGCGCCAGAUGGUUGGCGAAAUGGAGGAACCAGUCGCGUCUUAGUUGCUCCAAGGCGUCUUCGGGGUCACAGACAGGUGAGCCUAGUCAGUGGCAGUGGUGGGGUUGGGCGACAAACGCGGCUUAUGGGCCUUCUUUAGAAGCAGAGCCUGAAGCUCGAGAUGCAUGGAUGGAGCCGGACGCAUCUGACACCGUCCCUUCCGUGAGGGCUUUUCUAGAUGAGGUCAGUGCGAGCGAGCCGCUACCCGAACUUGCAACACCGACACGCCUGGAAGUAGACAUGCUGAUACCACAGUACACCGCCCGCUGCAUUGCCUCAGGUGGAUUGCUCACGGCUUCCGUCGGAGGGGUAGCGUUUUCCCUGGCCGUAGCUGCCGAGACAGAUGGAUCCGCCACAUCUGCUUUGCAGCGGCGCAUCUCCACGACCGUCAAGAUCUCGUCAAUGGAAGCGUGCUUGGACGGACAGCCUUUCGUACAGCUAUUGCAAAAGCCGGGCGUGCGGGCACAGGCAAGAUCUUUUGAGACAGAGGAGCAAGCUCGCAGGCUGGAAUCCGGAGAUGGAAUGCAAUUACGCUUGGUGGCAGAGGAAAAGCCAGGCAUGCCGUGGGACGUUGCGGUGUCCUUGUUGGGUGAGCCAGUGCAGGUCCAGCUCGCCCCUUGGAGUUUGCACGGUGCUCUGCGGACGGCGCAUGAUGUUUGGAAAGCAUGGCAUGGCGGGGGCACGGACUCUGAUCCGGGGUUUCCCGAUCUUCUGGAGGUCCCGGAGGAGCCAGAUCCUCUUGGCUCCACAAUGGGCUUCGAGAAUCUUGAGACUCGUUUGACCCUUCGUGUUGAAGUCGAGGCACCCAUUCUGCGCUUGCAAGCUUGGGAAGAUGGAGCUGCCCUCGAGCUGCAUCUCGGGCGCUUUUUCAGCAGGUCCUUGGAGAAGCAGAGGCUGAAGGAUUCACCCAAUGCGCUGACUACUCUUGUUGACCAGGAAGCCGAAGCCAUCAAGCCAACUGCAUUGGCGAACUUUGCCGUGCUUUGCGAACUUCGUGAUACCAGGCUCAUCCUCAUGGAGCCAGGGAGCGAGGAUCGCAAGCCGUACGAGCCAUCGACAAUUGUUUUCGGGGCAUUUCUUGACGAAAAGAUCCAGCUGCACACGGAGGCUACCAAAAUACGUCUACACAUAGACCCCGUUCUAGUACAUUUGCUCGGACAAAUUCGGGGAGGCCUUGAUUUUGCGGUGGCGCCUCUGUCCAAGGACUUUGUGGGAGCUUCGCCAUCGUCUCCUUUAUGGAGGCAGCCUCGCAAGCCCAAGAAAGCAUCAACGUUUGUGGGUGCACCCCUGAGCUUUAGUCUCGCGACCAGUAGCCUGGACAUCAUCUGGGAUCCUGAGGGUGGUCGCGGUGUACAUGAUGGAUCAGUGAAGGGACAUGUGGCUGGAUUCCGGCUUGGUCUGGAUGCAGAUGCCGUUGGGAUCAAUCUUGCGAGCAGUGCGCAAGAUGUUUGGCUCGAUUGUGGAGACCGGAGGUUUCUUUCCAGCCUGGGGCAUGUGGAUCUUACGGCAAAGUAUUUGCUGGAUGCUGUUCGUCUCCAAGUCUUAGCCCCACCUUUGGAGCUUCGUUGGGCAGCUGAGUCCGUCAGGAAGGGACGGGCUGCCUGGGAAGCCGUCCAAGUGCAUUUGCAGACCGGGCAGCACGAGGCCUUGCGAAGGUGUGAGAGAACAACGACAACGCGCAGCGAGCUCACGGAGCUCAGCGAGGUCAGUGUGUCCCGUGCUUUGUGGGAUCGCUUUGUGGCGGAACGGACGGAAGAACUGCGGGGUGCCUGGGAUCAGGCCUUCACCAACUUAUCUGAGCACUCGAUCUCGAGCUCUGGCAAGCCCGUGUGCGUGGAUGUCUGUUUAAAAAGCGAAGAGCUACGUGCUGUUGUGCUGCGGCCGGGGCUGUCGAGUCGCGAAGACGCAGAGGAGAUCCGAACGACAAUUCUUGGCAUGGAAUGUCGCUUGACACGCCAAGAAGAGCUGCAGCUGACCUCGACCCUUAGCAGUUUGGAGGUUUGGUUGGGAACGCGCCUUCUCCUGGCCCCACCGCAAUCAGACCUCCCUCUCCUUCAUGCAAAGGUCUCGCGCCGCCCGAGGGGCCACAUCGACGUCGACGUGACAUGGGCGCAAAUUGCGCUUGUCUACCGCCAGCGGGACUUCGAGAGGAUGGCAAGCUUGUGUCAUCAAGAAAUGUCUGCAGCGGACCUGUCCCAAACGAGCGAUUCUGCAGAGGUCAGGAAGCCGGUGCAGGAUAUACCAACAGCAUCUGCCAUCGGAGAGGGAGAAGAGCCAGAGGCGCAGCGCAGCAAACUUCUGAAGUACUGCUUCAACAUCGAUGCUCCUUUGCUAUUCCUCCCGGCCAGCACGGGAAAGAGAUGUGAUGUCGGAGCGCUGUCUGACCGUCGUGGUGGUCUAAGCACUGAUAGGAGUCUAUCUCAGAGGACUUUCCUACCGCUGCCCGACGAAGGUUUUGGUGUUCUGGAUCUGGGCAACUGCUUGGUUGAAAAUGACACUGAACAAGCACAUGAUCCAACAAUCCGUGUCCUGCUUCGGAGACUGCAAAUCUUUUCGGUGGCGUCGAAAGACAGGGACAAGCAUCAGACCUGGUAUCAAGUGUUGCAGCCCGUGACUGCGAAGGUGGAAGCGCGAAGCUGCGCUGACUGCUUGGACAUCGUGGUGCAUGUUCCCCUUCAGUCUGAAUGUGUCCCGGCGGCGUGUCCAGACCCACUUCGGCCAGCUGCGAGCUCUCUCUCUCCUCUAUCCAGCAUCAACCUGGUCAACCUGACACGUGCACAAGCUACCCAGCUCUUCGAUGUCCUGUACCUCAACCUCACGUAUGCUUCAGCUGAUGAGGUUGAAACGCUGAAAGCGAAUCUCAAGUCACGUCUUCAACAGGAGGCAGAGCGCCUGACAGAGUCCAGAGGCUUCCGGUUUAAACUCGCGUGGACAGGGUCGCUCGUCGUCGACGCUGGAUUCACCUUGUCCUCACCGUUGGCCCGAUUGGAGAUGGCAAAUGGAUUCUUUGAGUUCCGGCGUCCUUUCUCGGAGGGCGAGAGUGUCGAGCGCUUUAUUACCUUCGCAUGUGAAGGUGGUUGCGUCAAGGACGCUCGGAAGGGACAGUCGAGGCUCUUGAUUGACCUGCCGCGUCUGCCACACCAUGGUCUCCAGAUUUCAGCAAAGCUCCCAGCCGAGCAAGACGGCAUUACCUGCUUGGAUGUGAAGCUGCAUCAGCCCAACGUGUGGCUUCUUCCGCAGCUGUGGACAGACCUCCUCACAUGGGCAACGUCAGUUUACCAGCAGAGCGCGCAAGCCGAUUGCAUUGCGGGUCCCGGCGAGGGAUCCAGAGCUCAAACCAUUGAGGUGCAUGUCCAAGACGGGGCUGUGAGACUUCCCAUCGCCUGGGAUGUCGAGCACUUUGCGUUGGUUGGAGAUGUGCUGCUGUCCAUGAGGUCUACUGGGGACAAGUUGACUUUCGAGAGGCUGGAACUGCCCAACGCUCGGAUCCUCCGUGUCAGCGACAGCCAGACUGCAAGCCGACUGCUUUGCGAAGAUGCCACCUUCUUCGCGAAGAUUGCCAAUGAGAAACGGUCCGCUGCUGGUGUGCGGCUCAAUGCUUAUUCGGCAGAGAUUGUCAAGAUUGGACCCAUUGAGCUUCGACUCACUCUCCAAGAUGUCCUUGAAUUGUCAGACAUGCUCAAUGCCGUAGUCGCCAUGGAGGCAGACACAUCAGAGCCCGAAGAGGAGAUUCGAUUAAGAGAUCCACUGUCGUUGGUCCAGCGCCAGAAGAUCAGUCUUGAUGCUUCGAUUGAGAUCGAUGGAAUCCAGUUGCGACUGCUGGCGCCCCGGCCGGUGGUCGAGUUUGCUUUGGGAUGCCCCCUUCUACAAGUGCACAUGCAGUCGUCGCAGGGCCAGAAGCCUAUCGGAUCGAUUUUGCUACAAAGCCUAUGGCUUCGCAUUGCUGCCUUGAAUGAGCGAAUUGCAGCGUGGGAGCCUAUACUCGGCAAGUCCACAUGGAACGUGGACUUCUCCAGCGCUGUUUCUGGCACACACCCUGAGGCCAAGAUGGAGCUCCACGCUGCCCCCUGUUCCCCGAUUCAGCUGGCGGUGACAGUUCCAGUGAUUCGAGCUUGCUCUAGGCUGGCGCAGAGUUACGAUGAUGCGGUACAAGCAGCCGCGAAGCUCAAAGGAAAGCGCUGUGAGCCGAGACUUGCGAGUGAGAGCACGAAAGAGAAGUUCGAGGACACGGUCUUUGGGCUGAACUUGACUGGCCUGAAGUGUCUGGCGACUCCUCUCUCCUUCACCGACGAUGUGCACCACUUUUUGACUUCUGAUGACCAGUCCAAGGCUCUAGCGCUGACUGCUGAGCCGCAAGGUCUGGAUCAUCUGUUGUCCUCGAAGGAGCUGAAGACACUGCAUUUGCAAAUUCCGGGCCUUGUUGGAGCCCCCAAACAGGUGAAGGUAAAAGCCGGCGAAACGACUCUCUGGCACACUAGCAUGGGUUGCUUGGUGGUGAGGGUGCUGGUCACUUGCCCACCACAGCUACUUCUGGUGGUUUCUUCUUCAUUCAUGCUCGUGAACCGGACGCUUCUAGAUCUUCAUGUCAGGUUGCUCGGUUGUGAGAGGAGCGGGAGCGGCGGGAGCGGCGGGAGCGGUGGGAGCGGUGGGAGCGGGCACGGGGCUGGGCAUGCUGGGCGCUUGUGGCCGGCUUUCUGCAUUCCGACAAAGCUCUUGGAGCCGAGUGGACCAGCGGUUCCUUUAGAGCUAAGCACUCUAAGCGCUCUGAGCUCCGAGUCCGAGGAAGCCGAAGUGGAAGCCAGCUCCUUGUUCUUGCCUUCCAGUUUCUGUCUUGCUUUGCUGCCUCAGAUGUUGAAGAAUGCAAACGCAUCCUUCCAGCUACGGCCCUCUCCGGCUGCGGUGGGCGGAGUUUCUUUUUCCUGGGGGGCCCCGAUUCAUCCGAAUCAGUUUGCUGACUGCCCUGCAUUGUACUCUCGUUCCGUCGCCUCAGAUUUCAACUUGCCAGUCUACGGCCUGAGACUCUCGUUGGACAGCCAAGCACCAGGCGCGUCGAUGCAAGGCAUGCGCCAAGUGGAUGUGAGAGCUCCGUUCAGUCUUUUCAAUGCUUGCCCUGUGAAUCUCUGCUACGAGUUACGAUGGCUAUCAACUCAAGAGGGCUCCUGGGCACCACAGCAGCUGCAACGUACAACAGAUUCUUGUGAAGCGAAUGAAACUCUUCACAUUCAUGACGGCUACGGCGGCCUUUGGGAAGUACCUCCGAACGGCUUCGUUCUUGUCGCGCCUUUGCUCUUGCGCCAUCGAAGCUUCCAGUGGUGGGCUGGGAACCGCAAGGAGCAGCAGGAUUGUCCCAAAGGAACAAACAUGCUGGAAGUUGAACGCAAUGGACAGCGAGUAGAGUGGCGCUUCUGUGGGGCGAGAAGGGGAAGUGUGGAAAAGCAUCAGCCCUUACGCCUGUCACCAGGGGAUGAGGUUCCCAUCUACGACUUGCCAGAGCAAUUUGGUGCCGCUCAGAGUGGUGGUGUACUACGACAGGCUCUCCAUCGCAACGACACGAACUUGCCGCCUCUCCUUCUUGCUGUCGCGCUGAUGGACAGGAGCACCGGGAAAAAGUCAGCAUGGUCUUUGGUCACUCCGGUACUUGUUGAAGGCAGUAUGGCCUCUGUGCCUUUGGAUCUGGGCAAAGGGCUUUGGUUGCGGUGCGCACGACGAACAGGGCAGUGCCAGGCUACUGUGUUUGCAAACUCCUGGUUCAACGAUGCUACCGGUCUGGGUGCCGUCGUGCUGCGAGGGAGACAGCCGCUACCUGUGUUCAACAGCCUGGCUGUGAUGGAUGCAGAAGCAUGGGGUGAUGAUCUGGAGGAGGAUGAGGACAGGUCGUUCUUCUCUGUGACAGCUUCCGCUGGCUGCCGGCCUAUCCAAUUGCCCAAUGUAGGAGUUGGCCAGUCCGUGAAACUGUGCCUGACAGAUUUGCACCGCUGUAUCCUGAAGAGCGAGCGGAUAAGCUUGUCAGGCUGCCAUGCAGCAAACCCUACCUGGGGCUCUACCCUGGUCACACUCAUGCCUGCUCUGCUCGUUUUCAACACAUUGGAGUGUGAUUUUGGCAUCAAGCAGGAAGGUGCCCAGAACAUCCUGUGGCUAGCGCCGCUUUCGCAAGCUUCCUUCUAUUGGUCGGAGGCCAAUUGCCCUCGACGCGUACAGGUGGCUCUUCGGAGAACGAGGGAGGGUGGUGACCUGGCUAGUGGCCGUGGUGAGCUGGUCUGGUCUGCCUCUUUUGACGUCUCCGAACAUGGGCUCGGGGCCUUCCCUAUAGUUCUUUCAGACACGAGGCUUAAGGACUACCUGUUCUGCAUACAGGUCAGCCAAUGCUCCGGACAGCUUAUCACGAUUACGGCCGCGGGAUCGCAGGCUUGCCAUCAACUCAUGAAUCGGCAUCCGUGCCUGAUGGUUGACCUUUCGUACGAAGGCAUUGCAGAUGCAACAGACUGCACUUCCCAUUUCGUGGCAGUGCACGGUACUCGAGUUGCAUUUGGCUCCUCCGGUAUACGCCCGUUUCAAUUGAACGGGUCCGUCACAUUAAUCAUGGUGGAUAUCCAAAGCCAGAAGACCUCGUGUCUUACUCUGAGGCUGAACUGCCCCGUGAGCCGAACCUUGGAGCCAUCUUCCGAGUUGCCUAUACCAGUAUGCAUUCGGUUGGAAGUGGUUGACCGAGUGGCUCAUAUCUCGAUUUCUCCUGUCAGCGUUCUAGGAACCCUUAGUGGCGAAACUUCUUCUCCUCUGCUGUGGACGUUGGACAUCGACAUCCGUAUUCCAGCCCUUGAAAUAGGGAUCAUGAGCAGCAAGUCUUCGCAUGGAGAGACGUUGCGAUGUGACCUAUCGAAUUUGAGUUUGAGGUGCAGCCAAAGGAACGGCACCCGCACCUCUGUCAUAGAGCUCGUUGCGUUGCAGAUCGACCACCAUCCAAGAUCAAAGCGGAAAAGUUCUCAAGGAGCAUCGGUCGUAAUUGCAUCCUUGGACCAAGGCCACCCGCGGAUUGAACGAGAGAAAUUAAGUGGCACCGAUGUUGCACUCCGCUCCGUGUGCCUGGAGUUCUUCCCUGCACAAGAGACAGAAGAAGUCAUCUUGGAAUGCAAUGCAUCUGAAGAGCUGCUCGGAGAGCUCAAGGAUCUUCUUAGCGAGGCGACACCACCACAGCUCGAAGGACUCAGCCUGAUUGAUAUUGCUCGUAUUGCGGGCCAUACGUAUCAUACCACCUUGAACGAGCAGCCACAGCCAGCGAGGAAAUACAUACUGCAGGAUGUUCAAUGCGGGGACUUCAAGAUUGGCAUUUGGUGCAAGCUGAGUAGUGCUAGCCUGCCAGGUGUGAUCAGCACCAUGCUCAAAGUCAGCAGCUUCUCGCAUACGCUUGAAAUCGGGGGUGCCCGCGUCAAACUGCCAAGGCAACGAUUCUUCAGCAGUGCGAACCCUUUUGAGGGAUCGCUUGAGGCGCUGGCAAACCUUCUGGUCGAAAAGUACAAGCCCUUUGUCUCGAAGUCAUGGCGAUCAAUACUUAACAAUUCGAACGCCGUGCUCGGGGGGUUCUUCAGUCGCUACACAUGGGCUCCACGACAACGCAGAAUCGAAUCACCGAAGCCGUCCUCAAUGCUGCUGCUGCUGCAGAGCGGCAUUGUUAAGCUUCGAGGAGAGAUCGAAAGAACGGAGGUCAGUCGAGCUCGUAAAGCUGCAAGUGAUCUCCCUCUGGACGGAACUGGUCUGGCAUGUGCGUUGCAAAGCCGCAGCGUGAAGCAGGUCCAGACUUUCGUCAGGGUGCUCGUGGAGAUGCUUGGUGGACAAGUGACUGAUGAGCAUCGCUGUGCCCAGUACUGCGAGUCCUUGCUAGGUGCAAAGCAAGUACAGUUGGACCAGCUGGUGGAGUUCAUCACGUCCAAGCAGUGCGCUUGGAUCUCGUAG